AUAAUCAUGAACCCAUGUAAGUUUUAAUUAGUAUUAUAAUUUUGCUUAAAUUUUCAAGCUACAUUUUAAACACAGUUGAAAUUCUAACUAUAAACUUGGAAUUUCCUCCGAGUUCAUCCUCUUCUCUGACACAGCAACACCAGCAGAACCACUGUUCGAACAAAGCUGAUUUAUUGGCACCAACUAGACAAAUUUUAAACUUUGUCUUGAAAUAGGAGGUAGGGAAUGACUGGAAGCCUGUCAAUAGGAGACAAACUAUCAUAUAUGCAGAACUUCAAAUGCCAGGAAGACAAAGUGCUUGGAAAACUCAGCAGAUUUUACAGCAACUGUGGAGAAAGCAACAAAGUUAGCAUUUCAGGCUGACACCCUUUGAUCAAAAUUGAAAAUAUUAGAGACAAGUUUGAUGCAAAUACAGAGGUGGGAAUGGUGGGAGAAGAAUAAAAGGUAAGGUUGUGAAAGGAUGGUGCAGUUCAAAAGCAUGUGGUAAAGCAAUCAGAAAUAAAAGAUGGAUCUGGAAGAGGAGUAAAUAGCUGUUAAACCAAAAUAAACAGAGGUUAUAUCUGAAAUUGGUGAACUUAGUAUGGAGUUCAGAAUCUAUGAAGUUCCUAAUUAAAAGAUUGAGUUCUCUUCCUUUGAGUUUCAUUUCAAGUGUUGGCAGAUGAAGGAAUGAUUACAGCAGAGUGAGGUGAAGGAUUAAGAUGACAAGUACCUUGAAUAUCAGCGCUUGGAGACUGAAGUGCCACCUGCUUCAAAUGAGUGUUACAUCAUGUCUGGACAAGUUGAUUAAAAAUAUUUAUCAAUACUGUGGCUACAAAUCGGGUCAAGGGCUCCUGUGGUGAGUAACUCACCUCUUGUCCACAAUCUACAACACACAAGUCAAGAAUGAGAUCGAACAUUUCCUAUUUGCCUGGAUGAGUGCAGCUGUAACACAAUAUGGGUGACACCAUCCAGGACAAAGCAGACUGCUUGACUGGCACCACUUCCACAAAUAUUCUGCCCCACUACCACCCAUGUUCAGUAGCAGCAGUGUGUACCAUCCACAAGAAGCACUACAGAAAUUCACCAAGAAUCCUUAGACCACAUGUUCCAAAUCCAUGACGUUUACCAUCCAGAUGGACAAGGGCAGCAGAUACAUGGGAACACCAGCGUCUGCAAGUUCCACUUCAAGCUCCUCACUUUUGGAAGUAUAAUCAUUGUUUCUUCAGUGUUGCGGAGUCAAUAUCCUCAAACUCCCUCCCCAGUGUCAUUGAGGGUCUGCUUUACAGCAAAUGGACUGCUUCAACUAUUCAGCUCACCAUCACCCUCUCAAGGGCAAUUGGGGAUGAGCAAUAAUGGUUGGCCCAGCCAGCAACGCCAUAAUUCAGUGAAUGAAUUUUUAAAAAUAUUAAACAGAAUACAAAUCAACAAUUGUUUGACCCUGAAGAAGUGUUUGGGCACAUAAAGGAAGUUAAAAAAGGGAAGAUAUCGCUUGUACUAGGUUUGCACAGGAUGGCGCUAUGGGAAGGGCAGAGCGUUUCGGGAUAUUUGAAGCAGUAUGGUGGAGGGAAAGAUCCCUUUGGAAUGUUGAAAGAAGACGGAAGAGGCAGGAAACAUUUUGUAUUAGCACCAAUAUUCUAAGCUGCACAAACAUGCAGCAAUCUUGAAAUUCCUGCACAAGUGUACACAAGUUGCUUCCUUUAAAGUUAUCACAUAUCUGCAGCUGAGCAAAGAAAAUUAAAAGGCCUAUUCACAUAAGUGAACAGGCUGUACAGAUCGGGAAAAAAUGUUAAUAGGUAUAUAGAUGCAAAUACUAAAUGCAAGGAAUUUACCUCCUAGGUUUUAGCAUUUGAGCCCAGGAAAUUAACAUUCCAUUCCCAGAGAUGCCUGGACAAUCCAGGGACACUUAGCAAACCUAACUUCACAGAUCAUAUAACAGUUACCCUCCCACUGCUACACGGAUCAGAGAAUAAGACCAACACGGUCUCCCAAAUAUUGAGCAGAUAGUACCUCAUAAUGAGUGAAAGUCAAGACCACAUAUUUUCCACCCCAUUAUAUAGAUUGUUCGAAACAAUCACUGCAACCACCAUUACAGCUCACCCUCCACCUCCCGCAGCGAUCGGCAAUCACGGAACUUACCCUCUUCCUUUGUCCACUACCACCUCCCACCUCCCACCUCAACCCUUCUUUCAACAACUUCUACCUCAAUCAACAAUCCAUAUUUAGCUUAAAAGUAAAAAUUAGAUCCCGGGAUAAAACGCGUUGGCCAAAGCACACGCGUAUAGGGAAGUGGACCACGUGCCCCGGAACUGCUCACGGACAAGUCACAUUGGGUAACAUUCCUUUCGAUCAUCUGUGGCGUUUCAUUGUUUUCUUAUGUAGUGACCUAAUAAGAGUUAAAGUUCAGUUGGAUUAAGUAGUCCUCAUUGAUUCUCCACGGGCAAGUUAAAAAGAAAUGGAAACGCAAAACGUGUUGGAGAUGUAAGACCGCAACUUAGUGGUCUCUGUCUUCCUGUGAAGGAUGUUGACAAUGGCGCGGCUGUUGUGCAGGAGCCGUUGGAGUCUCGCAGUGCUCAGGAAUUUCAGUUCGGCGUGUGCUGGCUCCUCGUGCUUGAACCCGGUAUCCCGGAUAGGCACUGCGGGCGAGCAGCAGGAGGCCUCUCGCUGGAAACCAGCUCGAGCGCAACGUAGGAGCCGGAGCAGCGGAGCCGUGUUGGCAGGACAACAGCUGCUGUUGUCCGAAACCCUGUCUGAGUGGGAGAAGCAGCUGCUUGACCGGCUGAUCGACGGACUGCUGGGUGGACAGAGAUCAUGCCUGGCGGAGGCGAUCACCCUAGUGGAGUCGUCUCACAAACACAAGAAGUGUUUGGCUCGGUUACUACUGCAGAGAAUAUUAACCUGUCAAAAGGAGCGAGAGCGUCCGAAUGGAGGGAAGCCGCUGUCCUUUAGAGUGGGGCUGUCUGGUCCACCUGGUGCUGGAAAAUCAACAUUUAUUGAAAAAUUUGGGAAGAUGCUGACAGGGAAGGGUCAUAAAGUUGCUGUUCUAGCUGUUGAUCCAUCUUCAAGAACCUCUGGUGGGUCACUCUUGGGUGACAAAACACGGAUGACUGAACUUUCAAGGGAUAUGAAUGCGUAUAUCCGCCCAUCACCAACUUUGGGUAUGUUGGGAGGAGUAACCAGAACCACAAAUGAAACAAUUAUUUUAUGUGAAGGGGCAGGAUAUGAUCUAGUUCUCGUAGAGACUGUAGGCGUGGGCCAGUCUGAAUUUGCAGUAGCAGACAUGGUGGAUAUGCUGAUAUUAUUCAUUCCACCCGUAGGAGGAGAUGAAUUGCAGGGUAUUAAACGUGGUAUAAUAGAGAUGGCAGAUUUAGUUGUUAUAACAAAAGCUGAUGGAGACCUCCUUGUUCCAGCUAGAAGGAUGCAAGCUGAAUACACAAGUGCGCUGAAAUUGCUUCGUAAUCGGUCAAAGAACUGGAAGCCAAAGGUGACCCGUGUGUCUUCAAAAACUGGGGAAGGCAUUCCAGAACUCUGGGAGAAAAUAGAAAAAUUCAAGGCCACAUUAUUAGAAAGUGGUGAGUUGCAAAUAAAAAGACAAAAGCAACAAAAAGUGUGGAUGUGGAGUCUGAUUAAAGAAAAUGUUACAGAAUACUUCUGCAACCAUCCAGCUGUCAGAAAUCAGAUUCCAAGUAUAGAAGAUAAGGUUGUCAGUGGCGAUAUAACUCCUGGUUUGGCAGCAGACAUCCUUCUGAAGGCAUUUUCAACAAAAGAAUAAAUACCUUAUGCUCAAUUGAUUCACAUUGGGAAUCUGUUAUGGAUUAUGAAUUUUGAAGUGAGCAUAAUGUUUUCACAGACAUUUUAAUAAUUCACAUGUUUUAAAGGAACAUUCCUUGCUGGCUCAAUGGGAUCUCCAUAUGGAAGCACUUUAAUGAAGAUUCUAACAUUUAGUUUAUUCACGCGUAAAAUCAUAAUAUGUUUGUACAAAUUAUUUCCGGGAUGAGCAUAGCAAUGUGGACCAUUUUAAUUUUGUGAAGCUGACUGUGGUAAUGAUUCACUAAUCAUUUUGUCACAUGGACUAAAUGGUCAGUUUUUGUGAAAUAAAAAUUGUAUGAAAUAUA